AUGAGCUCUGCCCGCGAAGGCGACCCUAUCGAGGAGGAAAGAAUGCCGAUGCAGGGCCUCCAAGAGGACAGACUCGAAGGCGACAGAGGUCACGAAGGAAUACACGAAGACCGGAUACCAGAGGAGAGCAUCCAAGAUGAGAGAGUUGAGGGUGAGAGAAUAACAGACGGCCGAUUGCAGCACGAGCGUUUGCCCGACGGGAGCCUCCCAGACGAGCGCAUGCAGGAUGAGCGAAUCCACAGUUAUCCAUCCCCUCAGAUGCCAGAGGAGCGAAAUCAAGACAGCGAUCGGAUGCAAAGCUACCCUUCUCCUUCUACCGAGGCUCAAAACACCGGUCCAUACUAUCACGACGAUUCACGAGACGACACUCAACAAGAUCAGCAGCAGCCGCCGCCUACACCCCAACAGCAACCCUCCCACUCUGCUAGUGUCGAGGAAUUGCAAUUGGCUGCUCAGCUUGGCCAGGAUCUAGCGGCAGAGCCCAUGAUGCAUGUCACAGAUCCUAGCAUGAGUGUUGAAGAUCCUAGCUUGCGCAGCAUCAUGCCUCACCCUCACUCCCACCCUCACCCAGAGCAACCUCAGCCUCAGCCUCAACCCCAGCACCAGGCCCCUCCCCCACCGCCCCCCCCUCCUCGCCCGUACGUUCCUGAAGAGCCCCUUUCCGAGUCUCUCCAGCAACACGUGUCUGUGCCCGUGGCAAUGGAUCACCACAAUCUUGCCCAGUCAUAUGCUCUUGGCGACAGUACGCCUCCGAGAAAGCGAUCCAAGGUCUCCCGCGCCUGCGACGAGUGUCGUAGAAAGAAGGUGAAAUGCGAUGCCCAGUCCGACUCCGGAGACAAUCCAUGUUCCAAUUGCAAGCGCUCUGGCAUUCGCUGUAUGUUCAGUCGCGUUCCUCAGAAGCGUGGCCCAAGCAAGGGAUAUAUAAAGGAACUUGCCGACAGGAUCAACAGCAUCGAGGGCAAGUUGGAGAUCCAGAGUGAGUCUUUGCCACCCGAUAUCAUGGUACACUGGACAUCUGCGGCAGCAUCACUUAACUCGACACCAGGUCCUGCCGAGGACGCCAGCCGCAAGCGGCCAUUCUCUAGCAUUUCCAGUACCGACAUAUCUACUCCGGCACCACAGCGACAGACCACUUGGGGUACGGAGCAUCGUCCUCUUCAGCCCAUGACAACACCGUCGGAUCGCUUUCAGUCCUCCCCUUUCGCUGCCAACGGCUUGGCUCCCCAACCCAUGCCUAUCAAGAAUGAUAUGCCCUCUCGCACAUCAGUUGCUCCAAUGGAUGGUCCUGUCACAGAUAUGCCCGAUAUUGACCAGGCUCGAGACGUUGACGACGAGGUGUUUAACGGAUAUCUCACUGUGAUUCAGCCCUACCUCCCAUUCUUGCCGAGCAGCAAGGCGCAAAUCCAAGACUACUUGGCACAGUGUCCUGGACUUCUUCGCGAAGCGUUCGUCGAAGCGCUCUCAGGAACAAUCUAUUCUUUCCCUUCUUUUCAGUCAGGUAGCGCUGGAGAUGUUCGCCUUGCCCAUACCCUGCUGGUAGAAUGGGAGGCCAGUGAUUCCACAUCGCGAACCCCUAUUGCGAACCUGGUUUUUCUCCAAACCCUUCUUCUCAUGAUUAUUGAGGCAGACAACCGACCCUUAGGCUCUAUUGGUGCACCUAAGGAAUCACUACUGGGUAGAGCAGUAGCGAGUGCCAAUGCUUUAAAGCUGUAUCAGGCCAAAGCGGACUUGUCCGAGGUCGAGGCCGGAACAGAUACCGAGAGUCAGCUUCGCGUCAGAAUAUGGUGGUCACUUGUCAUGCUUGACAGAUGGAACGCAGUGGGUGCUGCAGUACCUUCAUUGAUUCGCGAUGAGAGUGUCGUUGUAUCAGCCAACCUGAAGGUGGUUGUUGGAGAGGUCCAGUAUCUUCUGAUCCGUGCCUCUAAGUUUCUGUGCCGCGCAUCGGUCAUGAUCACCAACUUUCAAGAACCCUUGGAUUCGACCUUUGCUGAUCGGAUGGUGGGCUCUUUCAUGGACGCCUGGGUGGAAGACUUCCGCGAGGACCUGCCAGCUCACAUCGAGGCUGGCUCAUAUCCUGUCGUCCACCUGGUCUACUGGUACUGUCGCUUGCUGGCUUACCUGCUUAACCCCUCCGCCAAGUCAACGGAUGCCCUAUGGCCUAGUCAGGAGUUGAUUAACCUGCUUGUCGGCCACUCACAACUCAUCACACCUCUGCAUCAUCAUUUCACUGUUCUUGCUGUACUAAUACUGGUUGAGUUGGCAAAGGUGGAAAAGACAAAGGAGGAUGCCACACGACUUCUUGGUGAAUUCCGCGACUCAUCACUGCCGGCUUCAGUUUUCGAUGGCCUGGUCCGGGACAAGAUUGCCGACCACCUUCGUCCAUCCACUAGCGCCGCUGCGGCUUCGGCCCCAUCAGCGAUUGAGGCGGCUGCAAGCCAGGGUUUGCAACACUUAGCGGACUUGGCAACUCUCUCGGCAGCUGUGGACAAGACGGAGUGUGCCUAUACGUACCGCACCGCGCCGAACUAUGAAGACAUGGGUUUCGACCCUCGACCGCUCCUUCUUGUCGGUUACCUCAAUGUUGUCCGCGCAACUCAGCAAGCAGCUUAG